AUUAAGGAAGUUAUUAUUAUUCCCACUCUGAAAGUACCAGGCCACAAAAAAGCAACCGAAUGCAGCAGGGAGCAUGGAAUUGGAUUCCAAUUCCGUUAUCAUGGCCUUUCUUCAAAUCCCUUCCCCCCCCAUGGCUUCUCUCUCCUUAUCGGGUUCGGAUCCUUCACUGCGCCUCCGGGGUUUUAGAUGCGAUCCGAAUUCCUGGGGAUGGAAGAUGCUUAUUUAGAUCAGUGGCUCAUGGUGCCCAAUUGAGAGCAGGUAAACCGUCUCCAAGCGAGAGCCUUCAGAAACUACUGGCAGACGAGUUGAGAGAGAAAGUUGCUGAAGAAUUUAUCAGAAGACGAGAAGACACAGAAUGGUUUCUCGAGGGUGAUUUUAAUGAAUACAUCACGCAAAUGAGGAAGCCUCAUGUUUGGGGUGGAGAGCCUGAGCUGCUCAUGUGUUCUCAUGUUCUCAAGGCGCCGAUCACCGUCUACAUGUACAAAGAAGGCUCUGAUGGCCUUAGGAUUAUAUCGGAGUAUGGUCAGGAGUACGGCGCAGAUAACCCGAUCCGAGUACUCUACCAUGGAUAUGGACAUUAUGAUGCACUGCAGGUUCCUCUUGGCAGAACACAGUCCAAACUGGUUGAAAUAAACAUUAGGUGAUUCUCAGAGACUACCACAAACAUUGGGGUAUGUUGACAUGUCCUUCACUUCACAGAUUUGAGGCUUUAACAGGUGUACAAGAGGGUUGCACAAACAGCAUGAAGCUUUUGAGGACAGAAGUUGAGCAAAUCUUGAUCAGCAUGUGUUUACUUGGUUUUUUAUUUAUUUGUUAUACAUGGAUGAUUAUUUGCCGCGAUAAAAAAAAUGUAAUAUUCUAUAUUCUACAAGUUGUCUAAAGAAGUGAAAAAUGACAUGCUGUACUAGAGUAUAAUUAUAAAAGCUAGGUGAUUUGCUUC